GUUUCCUGCCAGCUGGGCAACUGGGGAGAGUGGACAGAUUGCUUUCCAUGCCAGGAGAAAAAGACGAGAAAACCGAGGGUCAGAGACGUUAAGUAAUUUACCCAGUGACACAUAUACCUUCUGAAAGAAACUUCCCAGAGAUGACUAUGAUUUGCCCUAAGGUCGAGUCAUGAACCAAUCAUUGCAACUUGGCACAUGACUGGUACUCUGGUUGCCCUGCCUCGUUCACAUCCACACGUCCUGUGACUGAGGGGGUGACGUCACCCCCACCUGAACCAUACGAGACAUGCCACAAGGAAAGAGGAAAUGCCAUGACCAGAAGAAAUUCUUCAAAGGAAAAGUAAUAAACAUCUUUUUAAAGUACAGAUACCGGAGCCUCCUGCAGCCUAACAAGUUCGGGGGAACCAUCUGCAGUGGGACUGUCUGGGACCAAGCCAGCUGUCACGGUCCCACAGCUUGUGUGAAGCAAGCACAGUGUGGACAGGAUUUCCAGUGUAAGGAGACAGGUCGCUGCCUGAAACGCCACCUGGUGUGUAAUGGAGACAAUGACUGCCUGGAUGGCUCUGAUGAGGACAACUGUGAAGACAUCAGGGUCUUGGAAGAUGACUGCAGCCAGUAUGACCCAAUUCCAGGAUCAGAGAGGGUGGCCUCGGGGUAUAAUGUUCUGACCCAGAAACAAGCUCAGAGCGUAUACGAUGUCAGGUAUUAUGGGGGCCAGUGUGAGACCGUAUACAACGGGGAAUGGAGAGAGCUUCGGUAUGACCCCACCUGUGAGCGUCUCUACUAUGGAGAUGAUGAGAAGUACUUCCGGAAACCCUACAAUUUCCUGAAGUACCACUUUGAGGCCCUGGCAGAUACUACAGUCUCCUCAGAGUCCUACGAUGAUGCAAAUGACCUUUAUUCUAAAGUGAAAAAUGACGAGUCUGUGUCGGCUGGAGUGACCAUUGGUGUGGGCGCUGCAGGCAGCCCAUUUACUGUGACUGCAGGUGUAUCUGGGUCACGAGGCAGUUCGGUCUUGAAUAUGUUACGCAAAUAUAAUCAGAAGAUAUAUAGCUUCAUGAGAAUUUUCACAAAGGUGCAGACUGCUCAUUUUAAGAUGAGGAGGGAGAAUAUCAUGUUGGAUGAAGUUAUGCUGCAGUCAUUACUGGAACUUCCAGAGCAGUACAAUUACGGCAUGUACGCCAAGUUCAUCGAUGACUACGGCACCCAUUACAUAACGUCUGGAACGAUGGGCGGCAUUUAUGAAUAUAUCCUGGUGCUUAACAAAGAAAGAAUGGAAACAGCUGGUUUUUCCAGCAAUGAUGUCAAGACAUGCUUUGGAGGCUCUUUUGGCAUCGACUAUGAGUACACAGAUACAACACAAAUUGGAGGACGUUUAUCAGGAGAAGCUUGUAAAAAAUUUGGAGGUGGCAAAAUAGUCGAUGACAAGAAGACAGUGGGUGUGGAAGACAUCAUUCCUCUGGUGCAAGGUGGCAGCUCUGGCUGGGCAGGUGGCUUGACACAAGAUAGGAGCGUCAUUACAUACCGUUCCUGGGGGAGGUCAUUAAAGUAUAACCCUGUUGUUAUUGAUUUUGAGUUGCAGCCCAUCCAUGAGAUACUGCGGCACACGAACCUGGGGCCUCUGGAGACCAAGCGUCAAAACCUGCGGCGAGCCUUGGACCAGUACCUGAUGGAAUUCAAUGCCUGCCGCUGUGGGCCCUGCUUCAACAAUGGGAAGCCCAUCCUCGAUGGUACCAGCUGCACUUGUCAGUGCCCCCUGGGUCGCCACGGCCUUGCCUGUGAGCAAAUGGAGUCAGAGGGAGAAAAGGCGGAUGGUCACUGGGGCUGCUGGAGCUCAUGGUCUGCUUGCAAAUCGGGCAGCCGGGAAAGGAGGAGAGAGUGUAACAAUCCUGCACCCCAGAACGGAGGUACCGCAUGUCCGGGCCACAGAGUGCAAACCCAGGCAUGCUGAGGGCUCUGGGCACAGGCUGCAGCUGAGGCAGCGGCGUCACUGCCUGAGCUGACCACUGGAUACCGACCGACUUCACCCAGCUGACAGAAGAUGCCAAUCAACAUGGACUUUUUCUUUGUCCUGGACCAGGCCGUGCCAUCAACAACCAACUGUUCUAUUACCCACAAAACUCAGUCACAAUUGGGUGUUGAGUGUUAAUGGCUCAUAGCGCUUUGGAUCAUCUAAAAAAUAAAUAAAUAAAAGAAAGAAAGAAAGAAAAGAAGAAAUCUCGAUUCAUGUCUUAGAGGAACUUACAGGAUGGCAGAGGCGUAAGGCAGGCAGGCGCUCUUGAAACUACCUGUAGCCAACAAAACAAAGUACCGUGAGAACGAUCUCUGUUAUUUGAUAACAAUAUUUGCUCAUUUGUAGAAAACGAUUAUCAGUUUGUAAGAUAAGCAGACAUACUGAAACAAGGAGAAAAAUUAAAGAUUGCCUUGAGUUCCUUCA